CAAAAUAGUGUCAUUUUCAGUGCCAACUACCUCUUCUUUGAACGUUCCACCUACCAAAACUCCAAACGCAAACCAUCGUUUUGUAUAAAUAAUAACUAAAAAACACACUCAGUAACAAAUAAAUCUCAUCAAUGGCUUUAUUUUUAAUUAUUCUAACUUCAAUAGCCCUAAUUUUCUUAGCUCAUAAACUCUACCACCGUCUCCGGUUCAAAUUACCACCAGGUCCACGGCCGUUACCGGUGGUCGGAAACCUCUACGACAUUAAACCAGUGAGAUUCCGAUGCUUCGCCGAUUGGGCCCAAACAUACGGCCCGAUUUUCUCAGUUUACUUCGGUUCACAGCUGAACGUUGUUGUAACUACAGCUGAAUUAGCGAAACAAGUAUUGAAAGAGAAUGAUCAGAAUUUAGCGGAUCGAUUUAGAACUAGACCUGCUAAUAAUUUGAGUAGAAAUGGGAUGGAUUUGAUUUGGGCUGAUUACGGUCCUCAUUAUGUCAAAGUAAGGAAGCUUUGUAAUCUCGAACUUUUUACUCCUAAAAGACUUGAAUCUCUUAGGCCUAUUAGAGAAGACGAAGUUACUGCCAUGGUGGAAAGUAUUUUCAAUGACUGUACUAAGCCUGAUAACAGGGGUAAAAGCCUGUUGAUGAGAGAGUACUUGGGAUCAGUAGCAUUCAACAACAUUACAAGGCUAACUUUUGGUAAAAGAUUCAUGAAUGCAGCAGGUGAGAUUGAUGAACAAGGCCAAGAAUUUAAGGGCAUUGUAUCUAAUGGCAUCAAAAUCGGUGGAAAACUUCCCUUGGCAGAGUAUGUUCCAUGGCUCCGUUGGUUUUUCUCAAUGGAAAACGAGGCACUUGUGAAACACUCUGAACGUAGAGACCGGUUAACAAGAAUUAUCAUGGAUGAACACACUUUGGCUCGCAAACAAACUGGUGAUACUAAGCAGCAUUUCGUCGAUGCCUUGCUUACUCUUCAGAAGCAGUAUGAUCUUAGUGAUGACACUGUUAUCGGCCUCCUAUGGGAUAUGAUCACAGCAGGAAUGGACACGACAACGAUAACAGUAGAAUGGGCAAUGGCAGAGCUAGUUAGGAACCCAAGGGUGCAACAAAAGGCUCAAGAGGAACUUGACAGGGUUAUUGGAUCGGACCGAAUCAUGUCAGAAACCGAUUUCUCUAGACUUCCUUACCUUCAAUGUGUAGCCAAAGAAGCUUUAAGGUUGCACCCUCCAACGCCCCUAAUGCUUCCACACAAGGCCAGUGCCGGUGUCAAAAUCGGCGGUUAUGACAUUCCCAAGGGAGCCAUUGUACACGUGAAUGUUUGGGCUGUGGCUCGUGAUCCAGCAGUGUGGAAGGACCCGUUGGAGUUCAGACCAGAACGCUUCCUUGAGGAAGACGUUGACAUGAAGGGACACGACUAUCGGCUACUACCAUUUGGUGCAGGAAGGCGUGUCUGCCCUGGUGCACAACUUGCUAUCAACUUGGUCACUUCUAUGUUGGGUCACUUGUUGCAUCAUUUUACGUGGUCUCCGCCCCCAGGUGUCAGCCCCAAGGAUAUCGACUUGACGGAGAACCCCGGAACAGUGACUUACAUGAAAAAUCCAAUACAAGCUAUUCCUACUCCAAGAUUGCCUGCACACUUGUAUAAACGUGUGCCGAUGGAUAUGUAACAAUCUUGUUUACUUCUUUUUGCUACGAGUCUUGAAUUUUUCGGUACUUGAUGAGUUUGUUGGGGGCAUUUUGGGUAUGUAAUGUUUGUUUUAAAUUCAUAUCACCAACUUUAUAUAUUAUCUUGCAAUAAUUAGAAGACAAUUAAUUGGUGUGGUAUUAAGUCCUUUGAUCAUGCAUUUUGUAUUAAGGACAAAUAUCGCCGUGUAAAUUGAAUGUUGUAUUAUCUUGUCUUUUUUUC